AUGCCUGCUUCACGAGCUUUAUGUGCUCCGCCACGUCAUGUUUAUGCUGGAGUAAUCAGUAAUAAAACAACUAAACCAGUCAAAUGUACAAUUCAUUAUUCAGCUGGUACAAAUAAUACAAAUGAAUCAAUUUCUGUUACACUUGACGCUGGUGGUCGUGCUUGUAUACCAGAACGUGAAUAUCAACCAUCACCUGAUGCAACAUUUACUUGUCGUAAAGUUGUUUCACGAAUAGAAGUUCAUGAUAAUGAUAAAACAUAUGCACUUGAACAACCAUUUAAUGGUGUUAUAUGUCCGGUGACUGAAUGGAAAUUUGAUAUACAUGAUGAUCAUAUUCUUUCAAUUAAUCCCAGUGUACCGACAACACCAACAAAAACAGAAAAUCCUAUUACCGCUCAAUAA